ACCCACAUCCACACACCCACACCCCCACACACCCAGCAAGCAACCAGUAGCGCACAACUUCAUAUUCUCUCUACUCUCCUGUCUCCUCUACUCAACCAAAUCCCCCUCUUCUUUUUCUGAUCGAUCGAUAUAUUUUCCUUUUUUAUUCCAGUGGGAAGGUUGUGGACCAACCUUUGCACUGACAAUCAUGAUAAUUUAUUUUAAUUAUUGCUAUUACUGGAUUAUUGGAUUAUUUAACUUAAAAGAGUCCUUCCUCGUCCUCCUUGUCCUUUGCUGUUUCCUGUGGUCUCCUGGUGUGCCACGCCCAUGCCUAUGCCUGCCUGAAACUAGCAAGUUCUUGUCUUUCCCUCCAUUUGUUUUAGUUUUUUAUAUUUUCUUUUCUUUUAUUUAUUCAUGUUUUGUGUGUGCCAUGCCUUGUUGUUUUAUUUCUCAGGUUUUUAAUGGUUGUGUUUGUAUUGGGAGGACUACUAAACCACUCCCUCUCAUACAUAUAUUUCUGCCUUUUCUUUUCACCCAAGGGAUGAUUAAUAGGCAUUAUCAUCUGAUUCUUCCAACCUUAGACAAGGAGGAAUGUUUUUUACUAUCUCAAUUCUUAUUGGCUCGGUUCGGUUUGGUUUGGUUGAGUUCUUACUUAGCUAAAUGAAUUUUGAUUCUGGUAAACUAGUUGGAAACAUAAAUGAAUUUGAAGGAGAAUUAUCUAACUCGGAAGAAAAAACGAUCAAAUUAGACGUGGGAAGUGGGAACACAUACAUAAUCCUUGAACACAGUUGAUUGUGGGGCAAGCAAGCGUCAAAUUAGUACCACAACAUAAUAUCCUUAAUUUAACCUAAUUUUAAACCUUUCCUCCAUGCAUCUUAAAAGUUAAGUUUUCUAUUGAUUCUGGUGUAUUUUGAUUUUCCCUGUCUCUGUUUGAUUUGAACUCUAGUAGAACAUGCUUUGUUAUUCUUUAGAUAGUCUGCUCAAAAGGAGGUGGCUAGAGCCUAGAGCCUAGAGGUGAAGUCGGAGACAUGUCUCGUGUAUUUUCUCGCUCGCAUCCUUUCAAGCCAAUCAUAAAAUGGUUAAUCUUACUCCUUUUGCCAACAAUCGGGUUUGCAUCUACGGAGCCAGACGUGGAAGGUGAAGCAUUGACCGAUUUGCUCACCGCAUUGAAAGAUUCGAGUGGCCGAAUAACAGAUUGGAAUGAUAAUUUCGUGAGCCCCUGUUUUAGCUGGUCUCAUGUCACUUGUAGAAAUGGAAAUGUCAUAUCCCUGAGCCUGGCUUCAAAUGGAUUUUCUGGAACACUUUCUCCUUCGAUUACUAAGCUGAAGUAUUUGGCUAGCCUGGACUUCCAGAAUAAUAAUCUAACGGGCCUUUUGCCCGUUUAUCUUGCAAACUUGACACACCUGCAGAAUCUAAAUCUUGCAAAUAAUAAUUUCAGAGGUCCUAUACCAAAUGCUUGGGGUCAGCUUUCCAAUUUGAAGCAUUUGGAUCUUUCAUCGAAUGAGUUGACAGGAAGAAUUCCAAUGCAAUUCUUUACCAUUCCAAAUUUCAAUUUCACAGGAUCACAUCUUGAUUGUGGUUCUAGCUUGAAGCAGCCUUGUGUUUCUGGCUCUUCUCUCCAAGCUUCAAACAGGAAAUCAAAACUUGGAACAGUUAUAACCUCGGCAAGUUGCAGUGUAUCAGUAAUUCUGUUGAUAGGGGCUCUUUUCGCAUAUCGAUACUAUCGCAUGCACAAACUAAAAUAUGAUGUCUUUGUUGACGUUGCAGGUGAAGAUGAGUGCAAAAUUUCCUUUGGCCAGUUGAAAAGAUUCUCUUGGCGUGAAAUUCAGCUCGCCACGGAUAACUUUGAUGAAAGCAACAUAAUUGGACAAGGAGGCUUUGGAAGAGUUUACAAAGGUGUCCUCUCAAACGAUGUACAUGUUGCAGUGAAACGCCUUACUGAUUAUAACAGUCCUGGUGGAGAGGCUGCAUUCCUUAGAGAAGUACAACUCAUUAGUGUUGCAGUUCACAGGAAUCUUUUACGGUUGAUUGGAUAUUGUACAACCCCAUCUGAGAGAAUCCUUGUUUAUCCGUUCAUGAAAAAUCUUAGUGUUGCAUAUCGCUUGAGAGAUCUAAAACCUGGUGAGAAAGGGUUGGACUGGUCGACAAGGAAACACAUUGCUUUCGGUGCAGCCCAUGGUUUGGAGUAUUUACACGAGCAUUGCAAUCCGAAGAUAAUACACCGUGACUUGAAGGCUGCAAACAUUCUUCUAGAUGAUAAAUUUGAGCCUGUUCUUGGAGAUUUUGGGCUAGCAAAGCUGGUUGAUACAAAAUCAACUCAUGUUACCACUCAAAUACGCGGAACCAUGGGGCAUAUUGCCCCGGAGUAUUUGUCCACCGGAAAAUCGUCAGAAAAGACUGAUGUUUUUGGAUACGGUAUCACACUUCUCGAACUUGUCACUGGUCAGCGUGCAAUAGAUUUUGCUCGGCUGGAAGAAGAGGAGGAUGUUCUUCUGCUUGAUCAUAUCAAGAAGUUGCUGAGAGAAAAUAGGCUUGACGACAUUGUGGACAGAAACAUGAAGAUGCAUGAUCCAAAAGAAGUUGAGACAGUCAUUCAGGUUGCGUUGCUGUGCACUCAAAGCUCACCAGAGGACCGUCCAAAAAUGGCAGAAGUUGUUAGAUUGCUACAAGGAGUGGAUCUAGCAGAGAGAUGGGCCGAGUGGGAGCAGCUCGAAGGUGUAAGGAAUCGUGAAUUCUCACUCUUGUCUCACCAGUUUGCUUGGGCCGACGAGUCUACACAUGAUCAAGAAGCUAUACAGUUGUCCAAGGCAAGAUAGUGUUCCUUAAUAAUUAGAUGCUCUAAUCUAAAUUAAUCCAAAAACUUCACUUCAUAUCUCGAAUAUUACAAAUUAUUAAUUGUAUCAUAUCUUAGUAAUAAUUAUAUAAAUCUGUGUGUAAAGAUAUAUAAGAGAGGAGAAAGGAAAAUAAAGUUGUGGGAUAUUAUAUAUGAGUUUGGAACA